AUGAAUACUCCAAACAGAGCUGCCGUUGUACAUCCCCAAUGCGACGACGCACAGUCUACUCAGCAAUUACUCGCGCUUGUUCAACAUCUUCAAGUUACAUCGAGGACUAUGGCCAAGCAAACACCCGCGUCCGACCAGAAAAAUAGUACCAUCGUCACCGAUAUUGGCGAUUAUCUCAUCCAAGCUGCUCAGGCAUGGGCGCAGAUGACAGAUGCUCUGGUGGAAAGUCGACAGGUUCAGCAAGCAGUAGUUAAUGCGCAUGAACAAGCCAUGGUCAACAAUCAUCUUUCCGAUUUAUCUACUGUCGUCUCUAUGGAUGUAGAUCUUACAAAGCUCUCCAAAAUCCGCGAUUUGACGGCACAGUUUUCACGAGAUGUGCAUCAAGUUUGGAAGAAUGACGCGCCGUGUCCGGGGAAAUCACCAUGA